UCUGCUCCUGGCUCCUAAUGAUGCAGCUGGUAAUAGGAUUGUGACUUCCCUCUGGGGCAGCCACGCAAGCCAUGGCUGUGGGGCUGGCAACUGGUGCUCAGUGACCCUGACUACCCGCCGGCUGAGGAGCCAGAGCCCCCAGCCAGGACCCUGUGCCCGGCUGGCCUCCCGUGCAGGGAAUGGUGCUGUGCCCCGGGCCAGCAGGCUGGGCUCGCCAUGGUGCUGGGUGCCAUCCUGGCACGAGGUUGGGAUGUGUGCCGGCGGAACGGGCUGCUCAUCCUGUCUGUGCUAUCUGUCACCGUGGGCUGCCUCCUCGGCUUCUUCCUGAGGACCCGGCACCUCUCACCGCAGGAAAUUAGUUAUUUCCAGUUUCCUGGAGAGCUCCUGAUGAGGAUGUUGAAGAUGCUGAUCCUACCCCUGGUGGUCUCCAGCUUGAUGUCUGGCCUCGCCUCCCUGGAUGCCAAGACCUCCAGCCGCCUGGGCAUCCUCACUGUGGCGUACUACCUGUGGACCACCUUCGUGGCAGUCAUCGUGGGCAUCGUCAUGGUCUCCAUCAUCCAUCCGGGUGGCGCGGCCCAGAAGGAGACAACGGGGCAGAGUGGGAAGCCCAUCAUGAGCUCAGCCGACCCCCUGCUGGACCUCAUUCGGAACAUGUUUCCAGCCAACCUGGUGGAAGCCACAUUCAAACAGUACCGCACCAAGACCACCCCGGUUGUCAAGUCCCCCAAGGCGGCAUCCGAAGAGGCCCCUGCUGGGCGGAGCCUCAUCUAUGGGGUCCAGGAGGAGAACGGCUCUCGUGUGCAGAACUUCGUCCUGGACCUGACCCCACCACCCGAAGUUGUUUACAAGUCAGAGCCUGGCACCAGCGAUGGCAUGAACGUGCUGGGCAUUGUCAUCUUCUCUGCCACCAUGGGCAUCAUGCUGGGCCGUAUGGGUGACAGCGGCGCCCCCCUGGUCAGCUUCUGCCAGUGCCUCAAUGAGUCUGUCAUGAAGAUCGUGGCGGUGGCUGUGUGGUACUUCCCCUUUGGCAUCGUGUUCCUCAUUGCUGGCAAGAUCCUGGAGAUGGACAACCCCACGACGGUCGGAAAGAAGCUGGGCUUCUACGCGGUGACCGUGGUGUGCGGGCUGGUCGUCCACGGCCUCUUCAUCCUGCCCCUGCUCUACUUCUUCAUCACCAAAAAGAAUCCCGUCGUCUUCAUCCGCGGCAUCCUCCAGGCCCUGCUCAUCGCGCUGGCCACCUCCUCCAGCCACGGGACCCACCCUUGGCAGCACACGCACCUCGUGCAGGACUUGGGAGGAGCAGAACCACAUGUGCCAGCUGCCUGGGGAUGGGGCUGGUGGGGAGAGUUUCUAUCACUGGCCAGUGGGCAGUCGAGGGGCCCCAAGCAUCCUGGAGGAGGGUGAUGGGCAGACACUGGCCCCUCUGCCCACAGCUCAGCCACACUGCCCAUCACCUUCAAGUGCCUGCUGGAGAACAACCACAUCGACCGGCGCAUUGCCCGCUUCGUGCUGCCCGUGGGCGCCACCAUCAACAUGGAUGGCACUGCGCUCUAUGAGGCUGUGGCUGCCAUCUUCAUUGCCCAGGUCAACAACUACGAGCUGGACUUCGGCCAGAUCAUCACUAUCAGCAUCACAGCCACCGCGGCCAGCAUCGGGGCAGCCGGCAUCCCCCAGGCCGGACUCGUCACCAUGGUCAUCGUGCUCACUUCCGUGGGUCUUCCUACCGACGACAUCACCCUCAUCACUGCUGUCGACUGGGCUCUGGACCGUUUCCGCACCAUGAUUAACGUGCUGGGUGAUGCCCUGGCCGCUGGGAUCAUGGCCCACGUCUGCCGGAAGGACUUUGCUCAGGACACGGGCACUGAGAAACUGCUGCCCUGCGAGACCAAGCCUGUGAGCCUCCAGGAGAUCGUGGCGACCCAGCAGAACGGCUGUGUGAAGAGUGUGGCUGAGGCCUCAGAGCUGACUCUGGGCCCCGCCUGUCCCCACCACGUCCCCAUCCAGGCGGAGCAGGAUGAGGAGCCGGCCACUGCCCGUCUGGACCACUGCACUAUCGAGAUCAGUGAGCUGGAGACCAAUGUCUGAGCCUGCGGAGCCGCAGGGGCCAGGGGCAGCCUCCAAGGUCAGGGGCCAAAGGCAGGAUCUCAACCCGCCGCAGAGCCCGGGGGCCAGGCUCGCACGAUCUUCCCAAGCUGGAGAGAGCAGCAUGAGCACCGCUGGAUGGAAAAUGAAGUUCCGGAGAAAGACGGCACGGGGGCGCCGCCGCUGGAGAGGUACAGGCAGACGUCGCCCGGGCCCUGAUGGGGACACGUCCGCCGGGUGGCCUCUGAGGACGGCAGGCAGAGGUCAUGGUACCUACUUUCUAGAUCACAGAGGUGAGGCUCUGGGAGCUGAAAACACUUGCCCCAGGUCUCCUGACGAGUCGUGUCCGGGCCAGGACUCCAGUUCAAGGCUUUCAGGCCCUGGCCGCUCCCUCCCAGAGGACAGCGAUGCCUGCAGGGCCAGAUGCCGAGAGAAAGAGGCUCUGCCCCUCUCCGGGGGCCCCACAGCCACCACUGCUUUCAAUUUAUGGAGACAUAACAACGUCCUGGUUCUGCCCCAGCUGCGUCCCAGCCCGGGCCGGCCCCCACCCUGCCCCAUGACACGUGGCCUCAGACAAACUGCUCUCCCCAAGGACAGGCCCAGCCCGAGGCCCAGACCUGCGGCCUUGAAUGUGCCACAGCCCGUCCCGUGGCCCCUCCUACCAGUUACCUCUCACAAAGCUCCCCCGACGUGGAGCCGGGGCCGGGGAAGGCGUCACCAGGGCUGCAGGGUGCGGAGGACCAAGUGGGCCGGCUGGGACGGGGGCAGCCGGCCUGCCUGGGAUGCUUUAGCCCAGCUGCCCUUACGGGCCUGGGGUCAGCACUCCCCAACAGCCCGUGUGAUGAAGUAGAGUGAGAUUUUUCUAUUCCUUUCCUUCUGUGUUUGCAAAUUCAAUGAUAACGAAAUAAAAGUAUUUUGUUUUUCAA